GCCAACUUUAUCGGGCUCUACUAGUCAAGUCAACUGAUCGCGCAUUAAAUGCAGUUGUCCUCCUACUCCUCCAACGGGAAGACAACCUCAGUAUAAAAGAUACACUACGAAGAACAACCGGAUAACUUUGCCAAGAUAACUUUUGCUAACCAUUGCUACAAACAAGAUAUUCAAACUCUGAAAAAGCAAAAAGCCUCCUUGAGAUUCAAACUCAUUAUCUUCUACAAGAGAAGGCAGAAGUUGGAAAAAUACUUUUUCCAACUCAAGCAAAUUUCCUAGUGUUCUUCAACUCUUCAAGCUCAUCACAUACAAAUCCUUUGUAACGAAGCUAGUUGGAGGAACCCCAGUUUCAAAAGAAACUCUUCUUGCUACAAGAAGGACGUCCAAGUAACUGGAGCAGUGAAGUGGUGAUACUUCAAGGAAACUCAGUGAAAGGACCAGUGUUAAAGGAAGCCAGGCAGUGCAUCCCAGGACACAUCUAGACUUGAAGAAGACGUGGAGUGCUUCUUAAGUACUAGGACUAAGGCUUUGUAAACGGCAGUUUUUACAGCUUAGUGGAACAGUGGACUAGAGGAACAAGUUGUUCCUUGAACCACUAUAAAAAUCCCUGGUGUCGUUUACUUACUGCUUUUAAUACUUGCACUUAGAUAGAACUGUCUAACUCCUUGGACUUGGUAUCUGUGUUCAGCAGAACUUGUUCUACGAGUUAACAGAAGGCCUACUGCCUUUGCUUCUCUGAGGCUAACAGAACUCCCUACCAGAACCCCAUCCGCUGUCAGUCUGUUCUUUCAACAGAACAGGCUAUUCUGUAAAUCUGGUACUUAGUUUAAAAAGCUAAAAACCAAUACAGUCUAUUCACCCCCCCCCCCCCCCUCUAGACUGUAUCCAGUAUAACCGGGACCAACACUUAAUGUCACUCCCGGCUGGCCCAAUUAGACUAUGGUUCUUCAUGGUCGCAUUGAUCUGCUCCACUGAAAACCAGAAAUUUGGUCGUUUAGGUCUCUUCCUUGAAAGAAGGAUUCGAAAUCAUUCCUUGUAAGACUAAGCCAUGGGAAAUCCGGCACAGAGAAUGGCUCUUCGAUCAGCAUCCACGGUAUUCACCAGAAGUCCAGAAACAUAUAUGGUUUCAUGAGCUUGGUGCCGCCGACGAAGGUGGGGAAGAGUGACAUGGAAGAUAGUUUAUCGAUGGUCUCGAUUCCAGAAGGCAGGUGUUGGAGCAAAUAUUUGACGUUUAAUUCUACAUUUAUGAGAAUUUACUAUGGAACUUAAUAGUAAUAGCGUAUUGUUAUUAUUAUUAUUAUUGUUGAGGACUUAUAUGUAAUUAGUUUAUCUCUUGAUUAAUAUAAAUACACUACUAGAGCUACCACAAAGGCAAGCCAUUAUGGUCCACUUUUAUUGUUUCACAUAGUAUCAGUCGCACAAGUUUUCUAAACCCUAAUAUUCAAUGUUGAGCACCACUCCUCCGUCGACCUCGGCGCCCGUCAACAUGGUGCAGCCGCCACACCCUCGGCCGGAAACAGCCGCAGCUUCGACAAGUUUAUCCACUUCGGCUUCAACCUCGGUGCCCACUGGUUAUUCACAUAGUAUCGUUAUUCACUAGUUAGCAACAAGGAGCUUCUGCAAGCCACUGUUCAAGGUCUUGGCUCUGUAUAUGAGUCGCUCAUUACAUCCAUUGCUCUAUUCCCGGACAGCUUCACCUUGGACAGUUCGCGCCCUCAACUUCUAGCACUUGAACAACAAGCAUUUUAUCUCUGUUCACAAAACUCCCAUCCUGGCCACCAAGCUUUUGCAAUAGCAGACCACGCUGCCACAGCCGUGCAGCGCCCAGCAGGUCGAGGAGGUGAUCGAUACCGCGGCAAUGGUGGGCGAGGCUAUUGCGGAGGCAAAGAGUGCGGCCACCGCGGAAGAGGGUGUGGCUCUGGCGAACAGCAGCACGGCGGACAGCAGGGAUAUGAUGGGGUCCCUGGUUUUUACGGGUGGCAAAUGGCACCUCCGGCUGGUGCGCAUUAUCCUCCACGUGGACCACAGACUCAUGGGUUUCCAGGAUUUCCAUCGGUAGAAAUAUCUUUUCAGCCCCCACCGCCCAUAGUGUGUCAGAUUUGCUUCUCUCUUGGUCAUUAUGUGUUGUCAUGUUCUCGUUUUGUCAACUCAUCUGCUCCAGCAUUAGCGGCUCUUCCCGCGGGCGAAUUCAAUAAAUCUGUAUGGUACCCCGACUCUGGGGCUUCGACUCAUAUGACUCCGUCAGAAGCUAUUUUAUUAAAUAAAUCUAUUUAAAAUGGUCAACAUUCUAUUGAAGUCAAUAAUGGUAAUAAUCUUCAAGUUUCUCAUAUUGGAAAAAUUAAUCUGUCCACUUCUGACCGUCCACUUCUUUUAAAACGAGUUUAUCAUGUUCCGAAGCUUAAAUAUAAUAUAUUGUACGUCUAUUCAACGCUUUUGUGCAGAUAUUGAUUGCUCGGUCAUUUUUAAUAAAAACUCUUUUUUGUUAAGGACAACCACACAUGGACCAUCCUACUUCAAGACACCAGUAAAGACCGUGCCUAUCCUUUUACGGCAGCUCGCCACCCGCCCCAUCCCUUGCUUUCAAGACGACGCUGUUUCUAGGCUCAGUUUGGCACAAACGCCUUGGUGGGGGUCGUAUUUUAUCUACUCUUAGGAAAAAUAAUUUAAUCACUAGUUCUAGUUUGUUUUCUCAUGACUGUGUUUCGUCUAAGCUGAGUAAGUCUCAUCGUCUUCCUUUUCAAGAUGUUAUUCAUGAUUUACGGCUCCUUUACAUCUUAUUCAUUCUGAUGUUUGGCAAUCGUCUGUAUUAUCUAAUUUAGGUUUUAAAUAUUAUCUCUCAUUUAUUGAUGGUUUUUCUAGAUUCACGUGGGUUUAUCCUAUGCAUAGAAAGUCUGAGGUUUUUCUUCAUUUUUGCAAUUUUAAAAAUCAGUUGAAAAUGUAUUUAAUUGUAAAAUUAAAUGUUUUCAAAGUGAUGGAGGCGGUGAGUUUGUAAAUUCCUCUUUUCAAAAACAUUUUUUUAAACUGUGACAUUCUUUUUAGAAAAUCUUGUCCGGAUACACCUGCUCCAGAACGGUGUGACAGAACGGAAACAUCGUCACUUGCUUGAAUCAGCCAGGGCCAUGCUUAUUGACACUCAUCUUCCAAACUCUUUUUGGGUUGAUGCGUUAUAUACGGCUACUUUCAUUAUUAAUCGGUUACCCACUCCUGUUCUGAGUAAUCGGUCUCCGUUCGAGAAACUUUUUCAAAAACCUCUGAUUAUAGCUUUUUACGUGUAUUUGGUUGUGCUUGUUUUCCUAAUCGUAUUGCCUCCUCAUCAAAUAAACUUUCUCCACAUUCCAUUCUUUGUAUUUUUCUGGGUUAUGCCUCGGGAUACAAGGGCUAUCGAUGUCUUGAACCCCAAACUAGUCGUGUUUACAUAAGCAGGGAUGUUCUUUUUCAAGAAACCACCUUUCCAUAUCCCACCCUCACCUCUCAACUCAACCCACCAUAUCCAUCCUAUUACCUCGGUCUUCUACCCGAACUACAGAUGCCAUACCGGUACGCCCCCCUGCCGUGAACCUACUGCCUUCAUCCGAUCAGUUUUCUACUUCCACACAUCCCUCCACCCCGAAAGUACCUUCCUCCCCCACAGCUAGUACCAAAACCUCCACACCUAUGUUGUCUGUUCUUAGCCCAAACACUGCACCCUCACUGCCAAGCCCGACAAGGCCGUCCUCUACACCAAGCACCCCCACCUCGCUCGAAUCCUCCUCGACUAGUCCCAGCCAGCCUAGCAAUUCCGUGACACCAUCACCUUCUCCACCUAGGAUGGCUCCUAAUAUUCACCCUAUGCGCACGAGAGCUAAAGAUGAAAUUUUAAGCCCAAAACAAUUUUUACUUUAAAUGCUUUAGCUCUCCCAAAUGAUCCCACAUGUUUUUCUCAGGCAAAUAAAUUUUUAGUGUGGCAGGCAUCAAUGGCAGAAGAAUUUAGUGCAUUAUUUGUUAAUAAAACUUGGGAUUUAGUGCCUACUGACAAGACAAAAAAUGUGGUCGGUUGUAAAUGGAUUUAUAAAACUAAAUAUCAAUUUGAUGGGUCCAUCGAGUGCCAUAAGGCUCGUUUGGUUGCUCAGGGGUUUAACCAACAGGCUCGGGUAGAUUUUUCCUGAGAUUUUUAGUCUUGUGGUCAAACCUACUACUGUUCGCCUUGUCCUUUCAGUCGCUAUUUCAUUGGGGUGGACUAUUCGCCAAUUAGAUGUCAAAAAUUUCUUUCUGCAUGGUAACCUCACUGAAGAGAUUUAUAUGCAUCAGCCUCCCGGGUUUGUCCAUCCUGAGUUUCCUACCCAUAUAUGUCGUCUUCGCAAAGCACUCUAUGGUCUGAAACAAGCGUCUAGAGCUUGGUCCCACCUUUUAGUGGGUUUCUACAUACUAUUGUAUGUAGAUGCCAUCCUUAUCACAGGUAGCUCUCCCUCUCUGGUCCGUCAAUUUAUCACAAUUUUGUCUAGUCAGUUUUCUAUGAAGGAUCUCGAUGAUAUUUACUAUCUUCUGGGCAUUCGGGCUCGUCGUACUCCUCAUGGUCUUUUUCUUUCUCAACAGAAGUACACUACAGAUCUUCUAGGCCGGUUCCACAUUCACACUGUCAAACCGGUGCGUACUCCUCUUCCUUCUCGCACUACUUUAUCUUUUACUGAUGGUGAUCUUCUUAGUGAUUGUACUGAGUAUCGGAGCAUGGUAGGUGCGUUACAAUAUUUGACUAUUGCCUGACCGAUAUUACUUAUGUCGUUCACCUAGUUUCUCAGUUUAUGUAUGCACUACGUAUUACUCAUCUUGCUGCUGUCAAAAUAAUUUACAGGUAUUUACAGGACACGUCUUCACACGGCUUGUGGCUUCGCUCGGGGCAAAAUAUAUCAGUGGUUGUUACUUAUUCUGAUGUUGAUUGGGCUUGUUAUCCGGAUAGCUGCUAUUCUACUAUAGAUUAUGCUAUUUUUCUAGGCGGAAAUCUAGUGUCCUGACGAUUCAAGAAAAAGCCUAUUGUAUCAAAAUCAUCAACUGAAGCUGAAUAUCGUGCGGUAGCAUACAUUGUCCAAGGCACAUUGUUUAUUUGAGCUCUUGCCUAUGAUGUGGACAUUGUACUACCUAAUCCAGUGUAGUUAUUUUGUGACAACGUUUCAACAUCUUAUCUUGCAGUGAAUCCUAUCAACCAUGACCGCAUCAAACAUAUCAAGAUUGACUAUCAUUUUGUUUGUGAAUGAGUAGCUCACGGAGAUCUGACAGUCAAACAUAUUCCCACUCAACACCAGCUUGCAGAUAUUUUUACCAAGAACUUGACUAGUCAGCGUUUUGAAUUUUUGUGUUCCAAUCUGCACGUGAUUUCCCCCGCACAGAUUGAGGGGUUGUAACAGCGUAUUAUUAUUAUUAUUACUGUUGAGGACUUAUAUAAUUAAUUUAUC